AUGACGGGUAAUUUAUAUCCUUAUGACGGUGCCCCACCAUUGCUCCUGCCUGCCCCACCAUUGAUUCCGCAAGCCACCGUCAAGCAAUUGGGAAUCCUGCACGCAAGUUUUCACAACUGCCCUUUCGAUCUCUCGGCGAGGAUGUCUGUCCCACUGGUUGCUUCGCUUAGUUCGCUCUCGGAGUCCGAGCUCACCCCUGCGCUAUCCUAUGUCGGUCACGUCUCCAUAACAGUCGGUCCGGAGAACCUGGAUGAGGCCUUGACGUUUAUUCCCAAGAACUUCCACCGCUUCGCAUUCUCAGUCAAUGUCGCUGCCCUUCCUUCUGUGGACGACAUCUGCUCGUUGCUCAAUGCCGGUGCGUGUAGGGUGUUUGUUACAUACGAUCAACUACGAGUUUUACAGCCCCAGGUUGACGACUCACGCUUGGCUAUACUACUCGACACUUCUCAUCAGGGCGAUGGAAAGGUUGCUGAGGCAAUUUUGGACACUUCCGUUGGUCUCUAUGCGCACAAGAUUAUCGACUUUGACUUUACCACUGGCUGGCUAAAAGAGUAUGGGUCCGAUGAUAGACCUCCGGUUUUUGUUUCGUUCGGGUAUGCGCCCUCUCUGAAAGACGUGGAGGCGAUUGGGAAACUCGCCGCUACUCCAAUUGUUGCCGCCGAGGAAUUGACAGUCGACCCGGAGAAGGAGCCGGCAAAGCUCUCCAUUGGGGAUAUCGUUAUUGCGGCUGUCAGCUCGGACCGACAGGAUAAGCUUAUUUCUACACUAGUUACAGACGAAGCUGGGAUUGCCCUUGGACUGGUGUACUCUUCCCCCGAGAGUGUGAAAGAGAGCUUGAAGACCGGUGCAGGGGUUUACCAGAGCAGGAAGAGGGGUUUGUGGUACAAAGGUGCUACUAGUGGUGCUGUGCAAGAGCUUGUGAAAAUUGACCUCGAUUGUGAUGGUGACUGUUUGAGGUUCGUUGUGAGACAGAAGGGUAAUGGUGAGUCAUUACCUCAGACAUGCCGAACCAGAACCCAGCUGAUUGGGCCCCCAGGUUUCUGCCAUCUCCAGACUGCUACCUGUUUUGGUGAAUACAGAGGGAUCUCCCGUCUACAAAAAACUCUAACGUUAAGAAAGGAGUCUGCACCCGCUGGGUCAUAUACUGCCCGUCUCUUCUCAGAUGAGAAGCUCCUUCAAGCAAAGAUUAUGGAGGAGGCUGAGGAGCUCUGUCAGGCAAAGACUAAGGAGGAUAUCGCCUUCGAGGCAGCAGAUCUUAUAUACUUUGCACUUACCAAAUGCACAGGAGCGGGUGUUAGCUUUCAAGAUAUCGAGAGAAAUCUCGAUGCCAAGAGCUUGAAAGUCAUCAGAAGGAAGGGUGAUGCGAAGGAGAAAUGGGUUGGUAAAGGCGAUACCCAAACCCCCUCUGAGGAUACUGAGAGGGGGGGCGUUAAGCUCGCCCCUGAGGCUGUCAAACUUGCAACAGAGCGAUCUGAAGUAAAGACUGAUGAAAGGAUAAAGAUGGCAAGAUUCAACCCGAAAACAUCUUCCCCCCGAGAACUCGAGGGGAUCCUCAAACGGCCCGCACAGAGGGCUAGUGAUAUCAUGGGGAUAGUCACUCCUAUCAUUGAGUCCGUUAAGCAGAGAGGGGACGCUGCAUUGAUUGAAUAUGCUGCAAAGUUUGACAAGGCUGUUGGUCUUAAAUCAGCAGUGCUGAGCGCACCAUUCCCAACCGAGCUCAUGCAGCUUCCUCAGGAGACAAUUGAUGCUAUAGACCUCUCCUUCGAGAACAUCAGGAAGUUUCACGAAGGCCAAAAGGAAAGGGGCACCUUGGUUGUUGAAACAAUGCCAGGUGUCAAAUGCUCCCGUUUCGUCCGCCCCAUUGAGCGGGUGGGUCUUUAUAUUCCAGGAGGGACAGCUGUGCUCCCCUCUACAGCAUUGAUGCUCGGGGUUCCCGCACUAGUCGCAGGUUGCAAGAAAAUAAUUUUCGCAUCGCCACCGAGAAAAGACGGAAGCGUGACUCCAGAGAUCCUCUAUGUGGCACAAAAGGUUGGUGCAGAAGCAAUUGUCCUUGCAGGAGGCGCUCAGGCUGUGGCAGCACUCGCGUACGGAACAGAAACUGUUCCCAAGGUCGAUAAGAUCCUCGGUCCAGGUAACCAAUUUGUUACUGCCGGCAAGAUGUUCGUGAGCAACGACACGAGCGCAGGUGUCAGUAUUGACAUGCCUGCCGGACCAUCCGAGGUCCUUGUGGUCGCAGACGCGGAGGCCAAUCCAGCAUUCGUUGCCUCAGAUCUGCUCUCCCAAGCUGAGCACGGUGAAGAUUCCCAGGUUAUUUUGAUAGCCGUCGGAUUAACCGAGGAACAGCUUGCCGCUAUCGAGGAAGAAUUAGAAAAGCAAGCUCUAGCGCUUCCUAGGGUAGACAUUGUUCGCGGCUCAAUCGGCCACUCGGUCACUCUUCAAACAGAUACUGUCGAGGAGGCCAUUGAACUCAGCAACCAAUAUGCUCCCGAGCACCUGAUUCUCCAGAUCAAGGAUGCUGCAAAAGCAGUUGAUUUGGUACAACAUGCCGGAAGUGUGUUCAUCGGCCACUGGACCCCAGAGUCUGUUGGUGAUUAUAGCGCUGGUGUCAAUCACUCUUUGCGUAUGAUUCCCUCCCCCCCCUCUUGGUAUCCCGGUGACUUAGGCUAACUUGGGCACCAGCAACAUACGGCUACGCGAGACAAUACAGCGGCGUCAACCUCGCGACCUACGUUAAGCAUCUAACGAGCUCAGAAUUGACAGAGCAAGGUUUGAGAAACGUUGGCGGUGCGGUAAUGCAGCUGGCAAAGGUGGAGGAGCUAGAAGCUCAUAGAAGGGCUGUGGGCAUUAGACUGGAAUGGCUGGAUAGUCGGAGAUAGUUUUCCGCCCUUCUGUCGAUAUUCUUGUUUUUUACCCCUAGUUGGGUGGAUUGUUAGUUAAGGUUUCGUUCUUUGCAAAAGCAUGUUUGUUUGUUCGUUUACCUAUUCGAUAGGCGGUCGCGGAAUAUCGGGAACUGAAACUAUGGUAGGGCAAUGCUAUUACAAUACUACCUGUAUGGGAUCAGAGUGGUUAGAGUGGACUAAGUUAAGUACAAGUAAGAACGAGCUAGCAGGCUAGCACUACCGGUCUUCAUCGCCUUCAACAACCGUGUAUUUUUCGAGUGAUGUCCAUGACGCAA